CGCCCUUGUUUUAGUGAAAAUCAUGUACAAGUGUUUAGAAAAGAUUUGUAGAUUUUCCAGCAGUAGAAGUAUUUUAAAGGUACAAAGGCAAACAUGUUGUGCAGGAAACAGUAUAAGUUUAGACAGGAAGUCAUCGAUUCAUGUGUUUCACCCAAGACUCCAUGAUGGUUAUAUAUGUAAUUUACCACGAAUAGUUCUGAAAAGUCAUUUUACAACCUUUACUCAAACACAGGCAGUAGAGGAAGAACUAGAUGAUCUGUAUAGACAAAUAACGAUUGAGGUCAAAGGUCAUGAUAAAGAAGUAUUAAACAGCUACACCAAGUUUCUAGUAGCAGCUGCAACAGAAUUAGAAAUAAACCAUAAUGUGCCACAAAAACAGCCAGAGACCCAUUUUCACAGACGCACACUAAAUAAAGCAGUGUUUGCAAGCAAGAGAGCAAAAGUGCAGUAUGAGAUAAGAACACAUUUCAAAGUUUUUGAGGUACAGAAACUGACUGGAUCAACAGCUAGUGUUUUCAUAGAAUACAUCCAGAGAAAUCUGCCUGAAGGCUGUGCUAUGAAGUUAACCAAGUACAAAUUACACCAGUUGCCAGAAAAUUUGACAGAAACUAUUAAAGAUAGAUUACAAAAUGUAGCAAGUGAGAGUAAACCAAAUAUUGAAGCAGGCACACAGGAAGCUGAUGUUUCAGAAAAUAUAGGACAAACAACAGAAUCUAUUUCAGUAGAUUCUAAUGUUGAAAAAAAAGUUGAAGAAAAUGUAACUACGUGAACGGAAAUAAAAAAUAUAGUAGAGAUCAAAA